CUCGUCGUCGCGUAUCGAUGACAUCAUGCCAGUCUGCGCAUAAUAAAGAAAGCCAUAUUUUAACCAGUGAAUCUCUUUAAACAUAUUUUAUCUACGGUUCUCUUUUAAAUAUACAUUUUAUUUAAUGUCAAAUGACCGAAACAGAUCUGUUUAUGUUUUGUGCAAAAAACAUCAAACACACACAACUCUGAUUGGAUUCAUCAUCGAUGGGUACACGUCUUUGUUUUCCUGGCCAAUGAGAGUCGAAUGCGCUGUGAUUAGCACUUGAUUAGCACAACCCAGGCCAGGACAGAUUUUAAUGCUAGAUUAUUUUGUUGUUGUCUCGAUCGGUGAGCAGAGAGAGAAGAGGCAUAGGAUUGCAGAAUAUUAAAAGGAGGAUAAUUCCACUUCAUCUCCAUGGAUCUUUCCCUUUCACCCUCUGUUUCUGACACUGUCUGUGUGCUCUGGGGCUGUGAGCUGAAUGACACCCAGAGAAACGCAGUGUUUGAAAUAGCAGAGGAUUUGUUGGAGCAUCAGUUCUUUAUCCGAACGAUGUGUCUGAGUGCAGGGGCCAGUAAGGAGAUGCAUGUAGUGGAGGUACAGGACAGAGUUGGGGAAUACUGCAAGCCAGUGCCCAUUGCCACUCUUCACCCUAUGUGCCAACCUAUGGUCAGUUUCAGUGGGUUUGAGCUCAUGCCACCUGUCAUCUUCAACCUUCGCUCUGGGCAGGGCCCCCUCUUCAUUUCUGGACAGCAUUUGACAUUGGUCUAUGAGGAGGAGGAGGAGGAGGUCUUCUCAUCAACACCCCCACUUGAUCACAGUGGUCUUCAAUAACAUGAUCAAAAUUGAAGGACUUCAAUAAAACACAGCACAAAAAGUA